AUGCGUCGGCGGGGUCGCGUGACCCAGGAAGAGAUCGCGAUGGACAACAUCCGCCAGCUCCAGGGGCAGAUCCAUGACAUGCAGCGCGACAAGGCAAACCUCCUCAGCGAGAACCAAGACCUCGCUUCGGCGCUGAACCUGACGCGCUCCGACUUGGCCUCGGCGAGGAAGAAGACGAUCGAGCUCCAGAUGGCCAUUGUGCGUCGCAACGUAAGCGACGCCAAGGCGAAGCCUACCAUUGCCAUGCGAGACGCCAGCGUGCAGUGCUCCUUGAAGGUUCGAUGA